UAACCAGACGAAGCUUAAUUUGUGGCUUAAAGAACAGUGCUAUAUACACAAACCUAAAGUUAGAGCGGAAUGCACUUGCGAGAGAAGGUACAGUUUUCAUCGCCUUCCUAUAGAAGACGAAGCUAAGCGAAACUGGCUCAAAAACCUGAACUUAAAGAAGCCCCCCAAAACACUUUACUUAUGCUCUUUUCACUUUGUGGAAAAAAAAACCGACAGAGGACAACCCAUACCCUACUCUUUUCCUCGGUUAUGAGAAGCCUCCAGAAAAGAGACGCCGACUCCUCAGGAGGGAUGACAGUUCAUUCUCAACAGGUGAGCUUGAUACCAUGGAUGUGGAACAAAAUCCUACUUCCCUCUGUGAUGCCCAAACGCAGUGGUCCGAUCCAUGGAUGGAGGACCACACUUAUUCGAAAGGACCCACCAUCCCAUGUGGCUUAACACUCGCACCACCCCCUGAGUUACAGCCAGCUGCAAGUUAUACAUUGACAAACAAUGCAGACUGCUUGUUGUACACAGGUAUUCCACUUCUUGAGUUCCACACUCUUGUAUCCUGCCUGCAAGGUUUUGCCCCUACUUCAUCUGCAAUGCCUGUUGCAGACCAAAUCCUGAUGACACUUAUGAAACUCAGACAGAACUUUGUAAUUGCUGACUUGGCAAAACGCUUUGGCAAGUCACAUGGUCAAGUCAGCAAAACUGUGAAACUUUGGAUAGAUGUUUUGUACAAGCAUACCAAGGAUCUUAUUCCAUGGUUGCCCCGUGAAACCAUCAAGGCCACUCUGCCAGAGGCUUUUAAAGAUCAUUUUCCAAACACUACUUGUAUAAUUGACUGCACAGAAACUGUUCUACAGAAGGCUAAAAAUCUAGAUUCAAGAAGUGAAUCGUACAGUCACUAUUAUGCCAGUAAUACUCUGAAGUAUCUGGUAGCAACUUCUCCAUCUGGAUUAGUCAUGUUUAUUUCAGAGGCUUAUAGUGGCAAAUGUAGCGACAGGUACAUUGUACAGAACUCAGGGUUUCUGGACUGCUUGAGGCCCGGAGAUGAGGUGAUGGCAGACCGUGGAUUCACUAUCAGGGACUUAUUGGAGGAACGCAAGGUGAAUUUAGUUAUGCCAGCAUUUACACGCAAACAGUGCCAGCUGACUAAUGAGGAAGUCACCCACACGCGACGCAUUGCUCAUGCCCGCAUUCACAUUGAACGGGCAAUAAGGCGGCUAAAGGUGUACAAGAUUCUCUCACAGACUUUGCCUAUUAAUUUGGUCCCAGAGUUUGAUAAAAUACUGCGAAUUUGUGCUGCUCUUGUAAAUCUAAGAGGGGAGCUUAUCUCAAGCACAUAGAUAAAC